AUGCGCCAUUCUGUCGCCCCUAAUCGUGCAUCACAAGUUUCAUCGAACGCAAAUGCUACUGCAGCUGCAGUUGCCAAACUCCUUGAGAAGAAAAAGGAAUAUGAAGGAGUUGCUGCUUUAGAGCGAGCAAGUGCUCUAUAUCUGGAACGUUUGGAAGCCUUAGGUGACGAUUGUGAAACAAUGGCUAAGGCUGGAGAAGUCCAUGGCCAAGUUCUGACACAGUGGCCUAAAAUGUUCCAAAUUUUGGGUCAAUUCCUUGAAGCACAAGGAACUCAAGAACCUGAAGAUGGUGGCCAAUCAGCUACGUCUUCUUCGAUGGGGCAACGCCUCGUCCGCAUCCCUAUUGAAGAAUUGCAGCCAGGAAAUGAAAAGUCAUGA